AACUCUGAUGGGCUGCCUUCAGCAGGCUUCCCGUUGCCCCUGGUCUCAGGAAAACCACGUGUUCUUUUCCCUGCUGACCAGAGAGGGAUGAGAGGGGGAGGGGGAAGCGUUUAGAACGGCGGAACCUUUGUGCAGCGGUCCCGGACGUUGCGUGGCCGGGAGGGACGCCUUUGCUCGGCGCACAACGCGGUGUCCUUCACCUCUGCCGGAGGAGGAGGUGGCGUCCGCGGCAGCAAAAUGAGCGUGAGGCCCAACUCCAUCCCGCUGAAGUUCCUGCCCGAUGAGGCCCGGAGCCUACCGCCGCCGAAGUUAUCGGACCCGCGGAUCCUCUACUCGGGCUUCAUGGGCUACUGCGCUGGACUGUUGGAUAACCUGAUCCAUCGUCGGCCGGUGAUGACAGCUGGUUUGCAUCGCCAACUUCUAUAUGUCACUUCAUUUUAUUUUGUGGGCUAUUACCUUAUUAAACGCCAAGACUUUAAGUAUGCUGAAAGGGACCGUGACAUGCGUCAAUAUAUGAAACUGCAUCCAGAAGAUUAUAAAGAAGAAGAAAAGAAAACUUAUGCUGAAAUUUUUGAAGAGUUUUAUCCAGUUCGCUGAAACUUUUCACACUGGCUACUUUAUUUCUUCACCAAGAGCUAUUGUUGAUAAACUCAAUGUGAUGUAUUUCUACAUAUUCAUAUGUAAUGAAAAAUUUAUGGUCUUAUAAUUAAAUGAGUGACAUGAA